AUGGCUACUUUGAACACUUUCCACUGCUUUCUUCAACUUCCAAACGAGCUCCAGAAUGGAAUAUGGACAGCCUACAGUGACUACAGAUCUGGCAUGCGACACUGUUUUUCUUAUCAUGGGGAUACUGUUUUGUAUGCAGCACUAUCCAGCAAUAACUAUUCGCUGCUUGGCAACCUUGUCGCCGACUUUGAAGGUCUCGAUGCCUGGACUCACCUACGGCGCAAGGGGCCGCCUUUCAAGAUGGUGAAGCCGCUCAAUAGGGUUUCGGUCCUGGCGGAACUGACACAUCAGAGAGCAAUCUUUGCAGACUGGAAACCAUCCAAGAAGUUCUGGCCCAGUCACCUGCGGUCUUUGCCGGUCCGCAAGCCCCCACUUCCCCAUAUCUGGGUGAACUUUGAACAGGAUAUCUUCUACUUUGAUAUACCCGAUACGCCGGCGGAGCAAUCGUGGUUUCGGACCUUUUUUCCAGAUACCUUCAUCAAACCCCCCGAGGAUGAUUACUGGCUAUUCAAGGUGCGAAAAAUGGCUCUCCAAGUGCCCACCCUGAUGUAUCUAUAUGAACGUGGACCGAACUUUCGUAUUCCUCGCCAACUGGAUGCUCUUAUCUUGCGGCGAAUGAAGAACCUCCAGGUACUGCAGCUCAUUGUUUCUAUACACGAUGAGCCAUUCAUGAUAGAAUGGAAGGAGUCUCAUUGGGCCGACGAUGUCUUCAUUCCUGAGCACUACCUUGACAAUUUAAGCAUUAGGUCCAUGGGCAAUAGUGACAAUGCAAGCUUUGAUGGAGAGCUAACUCACCGCUACUCACGCCAAAGGAGAUGGCAGAGAGGGCAAGAGUCGGCGCGAGACAUUGCAAAGGCACUGAGGAGGCUGGGCAUCACUAUUGCAAUUGAGAUCAUGUUUCAUAUAUGCUAG